AUGAGCAGCAUUUUCAUAACAGGUGUCACCGGCUUCAUCGGCGGCGAUGUGCUCUAUGGCCUCACCCAAACGUUGGCGGGCUCCAAGAUUGUUGCGCUUGUGCGCAACCAAAGCCAAGCAGCUGCAGUUACCGGGCGAUUCCCCACGGUGACACCACUCCUUGGCGAUCUGGACUCGAGCGUGGAGAUUAAGCAAGCGGCUUCCAAGGCCGAUAUUGUUCUUCACUUGGCAAGCUCAAGCCAUGAAGCCAGCGCUAAGGCCAUCGCUGAAGGACUUUCCACCAGUAAACAGGAAACCCCAACUUGGAUUCAGAUUGCCGGCGCCAGUAUGCUAGCCGGUUCGGAAGUGCAGACUAAGACAUUUGGCCAGCCUGUAUCAAAGGUCUACAAUGACCUGCAAGGAAUUUCCGAUAUUGAUGAGAUUGUUGGCAACUCCUCGAAGCGUGUUGUGGAUCACCUCGUGCGGGGUCUACCUUCUAGUAACCCUCGUGCUCGCACGGCCAUUGUGUACGGACCACUCAUUUACGGCAGGGGCCGAGGCCCCAUCAAUCAACGCAGUAUUCAAAUCCCACACCUUGCCCAAGCAUCUCUUCAAGCCGGUCGCGGUCUCCAUGUGGGCCGUGGCCUCAACACCUGGAGCACGAUUCACAUCGCGGACUUGACGAACCUGGUUGUGAAGCUGGCUUGUGAAGCUUCCAAGGCCAAGAACCCGCAGCUUUGGAAUGAGAAUGGUGUCUACUUCGCCGAGUCAGGAAAUAUUACCUUCGGAGAUAUCGCUAAGAAAAUAUCAACAUUUGCCCAUUCCCAAGGCUUCAUCAAGUCACCUGAAGUGGCCGAAAUUGAUGCCACGACUGCAGACCGACUUACCCCUCAUGGAUCAGUGAUUUGGGGAACCAAUGCCCGGUACCAAGCAAUUCGGGCUCGGGAACUCCUUGGAUGGUUCCCGGAACAACACGGAAUUGAUGAAGAGAUCCCACGGGUAGUUUUGUCUGAGGCGACGUCGCACCGCGCAAGGCCGACUGAGAAGCUGGCCUGA